GAUACGUAUGCGGCAUAAAGGGAGUAAUACGGUGUCUGGCGUUGCUACGUGAAACGUUAUAACUGAAAUGGUCGAGCACAGUAUUGUGUUUCUGCCUCAAAAACACUUAACUUAUUUGCCAAUAUAUUCGGAAUUGUUCGACCAGUUUUUUCAAAAAUGACCAAGAUAUAAUCUGCACAUCAUGUCCGACCUAUUGAUGCCACAAACGAACCGAUCCGUCAAUUCAUUAGCUGUGCAGGCUUGGCUAAAGAAAAUGGGCAAAUGUACACACAUUCAAUGGGCAAACUUUGGCUCGUAUAAUGUUCUACGUGAUAACUUCGCUUCGCGUCACUACCGCAGUAGUGUAGUACGGUUGCACUGGAUGUAUAUUAUACAUUUAUACUAUACCACGGUCGUCACUGCUCCGCCUUUUUUUUUUACUUAGCUAAGCGCCAGUACGGUCGCUCUGGAUAUCACGGCUAAAUAAAUGUCAAUUAGUUUUUCAGAUUACAAUUAUUCAUUGAUUUCACUAUCGACGAUUUACAGCUAAGUAUCUAGGAUUUAAUUUUUCAGUGUAUUUGUACUAUUUGUGUAUUGAAUCUGACGUACAGUUACUCAAGAGUUUAGAAGAUACAUUGAUUUUUGAAAUCAGCUACGUUAAAAUACCGACCGCAGUCAAUAAUGAAUAUAAUAUGGAGGUAAUUCAUAUGACCAUGAUAUUACACUUAGACAGCCAAGUAAAUUCUACUCAAUAAGUUUGAUGAAACAGCGACGUCAAGAGUCAUCGUAUGAAAAAUUAAAUGAAUUACGCAAAAACGCUACAUUGUGUGAUGUCACUUUAAAGACAGCUGAUGGUGAUACCAUACAAGUUCAUAAAUGUGUUCUAAUGAGUAAUUGUAUGUAUUUUGAAAAAAUGUUCAGUGAGAGAUCUGAAGAAAAUGAUCAAAAUUGUAUUCAUAUAACAGAUAUUAACAGUGAUAUUUUGCAUAAUUUGAUUGAUUAUAUUUACACUGGUACUUUGAUUCCAAUCCACGAGGAUAUUGUUGAAAGAUUAUUGAAAGCAGCUGAUAUCUUACAACUAUUUGAUGUUCAAGAUUUAUGUAUUGAGUUUCUUCUGAGAUCAAUCAAUGGUGAAAAUUGGUUGAACAUAAAAGCAAUAGCUGAUUCAAGAAUGAUGGUUAAUCUGCCAAUUGUAUGUUUUCAAUGGGCUCUAAAAAAUUUUGAUGAAGUAGUCAGAUGUGCUGCAUUUUUGACUUUAGAUAUUGAACAUCUCAAACAGUUAAUUGAUAGCGAUGAAUUGUAUACCGUAGAAGAAGAAAAUGUGUUAAAUGCUGUUAUAUUAUGGGUAAAACAUGAUGAAGGAAACCGAAAAUAUUUUUUGUCAGAAUUAAUUACAUUAAUUAGAGUGCCACUUACGAAUUAUAUGUAUGUGCAUAGAUUACUCAAAGAAGAACCGCUUAUUACUUCCAAUCGUAUAUGUUUUGAAUAUCUUACAAAAAUACAUGAAGAUUUAUUUUACAAACAUAAUAAAACUCCUAAUUAUGAUACAGUAAAACGCUCACUAAGGUGUUCUAUAGCUCGUAAUCUACCUUGUUUUCCAUGUUAUGUUGCUGAAAAUGAUACGAACGAAUAUGAUUCAUCUUCUGAUUUGGAUAAUGAAAAUAUUCCCACAUAAAAUUGUUUUCUCAAUAACGUUUUACAUAGGAGGAAAGAACUGGAAAAUAUUUUAUGGUGCAACAUACUAGAACUAUCCAUUUUCAAUAUGAACUCAAGAUCGUUUUACUUUUUGGAGUUUGGAAUAUUCAAAAUGAAUUAAACUUUAAUAUUGUUGUUAAAUUUAUAUUGUGUUAGUGUUACUACCUAUACUAAAUUUGUUAAUCUUAUCUUUAUUAGCUUGAAUUAAUAAAAAAUUUUAAAAAACCCAAGUUGAAUUAAUCACUUAAGCAUGUGUUCUGUCUUAUAAAUGUGAGUAAAAGUAAUACUGAAACUAUUUUCGGAUAGAAAUUAAUGAAAAAAAAAUUUUUAAAGUCAACGAUCAAUAUUUUGAAAGAAGAUUCCCAAGUUUAAAAAAAAA